CUCAGAUCUGUGUUGUAGAUGUUGUGUAGUGUAUAAUCGAUGUUGUGGAUGUUGUGUUUUCUACCCUACCAUCCUACAAGCUAAAGUUUUCUUCUACUGCUGUAGCAUGACGAAUCAAAACAAUCAGGAUUUUGAAAGGAUCUAGUGCGACACCUGCACAGGUUUCUGCCACCUGCCACAGGUGUCUGACACCUGAGGCAGAUCACUGACACAUUCAGCUGGGUGGAACAUGGACAAACACACCUGGACUAGACAGUAACCACGUGACAAGUGGUAUCGUUUUUUUCAGUUAACAUCGAUUCUCUAACUGAUUGGCGGGAAAUACAAGAACAUUUGGAUGAAAUAAAAAUCUUAAGCCCAUAAGGAUGGACUUGCCGAGGGCAAUGCUUGGCCAAAAGGAGGCGUGUCUCCCCCAUCAAAUCACCAGACAGACAUAAAGGCAAGAGAGAGGACGCAAUGCCACAUUGGGGAUACGAUACAGAGAAUGGCCCACACACCUGGGCUAAAGAGUUCCCCGAGGCAGGUGGCCCCCGCCAGAGUCCUGUGGACAUUGACCCUGGUCAAGCCAAGUUUGACGAGACCCUGGCCAACAACCCGCUGGUCAUCAACUACAAGACAGAGAGGAACCUCAGUGUCGAGAACAAUGGCCACUCAUACAAGGCCAACAUCAACGAGGAGUCCACUAUCAGCGGUGGCCCCCUGGGGAGCGGCAAGUACCGUCUGGUCCAGUUCCACUUCCACUGGGGCCGGGACGACAAGUGCGGCAGCGAGCACACGUACAAGGGCAAGAUGUACCCGUCUGAGCUCCAUCUUGUUCAUUACAACGCCGAGAAAUACAGUUCAUUCAAUGAGGCUGUAACACAACCUGAUGGCCUAGCUGUCCUUGGGGUUUUUAUAAAGGUCGGCACAGUUGACCACGAAGCUUUCAAGAUUCUCUCAGACAACGCCACGAGGGUCAAGUGUAAAUCUUUUAAAACUGAUACAGGCGCGGACUUUGACCCCUCAACUCUUCUGCCAGACAGCAUCAGCAACUACUGGACAUACGAGGGAUCGCUGACCACGCCCCCCUGCUGUGAGAGUGUCCAGUGGAUUGUCCUGCAACAGCCUAUCUCUGUCUCACCUGAACAGAUCCGCGCCUUCAGGAAUCUGUGCUGUGAUGAGAACGGCUCUAAAAGGAUCUUGGACAACUUCCGGCCCCCACUUCCACUGGGUGCCAGAGAACUUCGAGCCUCGUUCCAGUAACUUGUGGGAUGUGGGGACUGUGCGUGUAUGUGUAUGGUUGUAUGUGUAAGGAGUGUUUGGCUAUCCGUCUGUAGAGAGUGUGCUUUUAUGUGUGUGAUUGUAUGUGUGUGAUUGUAUGUGUGUGAUUGUAUGUGUGUGCUUGUAUGUGUGUGCUUGUAUGUGUGUGGCUGCGGGUCUGACCGACCUCUGGGUCAAGGUCAAGAGAACAAGGAGCAUCAGCUACAGCUUGUCUUUCAAACGUUGAAUGAAAUAGUUCUCUCACCUUGACCUUGGCAUCAAGCUAGUUUGUGAGUUCACGAGAAUAAACGAGAGUUUGUCUGAUGUUGUUGCCUGGUCUGUAUGUUGACAUCUGGUGAUGUAUGUUGACAUCUGGUGAUGUAUGUUGACAUCUGGUGAUGUAUGUUGAUGUUUAACUUAUUUUAACCUGGAUAUAAUUUUAAUUUUUUAUUUUUUUUACUUUUAUGUCAUUUAGAUGACACUCAAUGUCAUGUGUCAGAUCACGUGACACCUAUUGUCAUGUGUCAGACUAUGUGACUUGAACAGCCAAUCAGAGCAGUUUAAAAAAAGAUUUUUAUAUUCUUGUAUAACAUGGAGUUUGUUAAAACCUUGGAGAAUGUGCUUGCAUACAUCGUUGUAGUUUCAUGUAGAACUAAUUCAAUUAUGCAAUUUUUAAUUAGUUUUGUGACAUGACAUUUUUCUUGAGAUUUUACAACAAGAUCAUUGUCACGUCAUGUAUAUGUGUCGUCUUUACUCAUUUAGCAAAACAAUUUCAAUCGUUGGAUAUUGUACAUCUAAGAAUUUUGUUGUGAUUGUAAUAACUAAUUAUUUAAUUUUUACACAUGUAAAUGUACAAUAUAUAUAUAUAUAUAUAUAUAUAUAUAUAUAUAUAUAUAUAUAUAUAUAUAUAUAUAUAUAUAUAUAUAUAUAUAAUAUAUGCUUAUAUGCGGAGUUAUAGAAAAACAUUUUCUUUCUAUUGCCUCCCUUUGGUGUUGGAAUAUCGGAAUGAUGACGUUGUACUGAAACAUUUUACUAACGUGUGGUUUUUACCUCCCUUGUUGAAUGCCAAAUCUAUUUUUAGAGUUGACCCACCAUACUGUGAUUACAUGAAUGUUGCUAACCAGACCCCACCCCUCCACCCCCAUCCACUGCUAAUGGUCAGGUAGCUGACGAGCUUAGGUCGAGGAAUCCAUGCUUGACCCAGCAGAAUUUUGUUUAACCAAGUGUUUUCCAACGUUUCUGUGAUGACGUCAUAUACCUUGAUUAAGAGACUUAAUGUCUUGACGGAGAAAUUGUCAUGACUUAUGUUACCUGACUUAAGAGAAAUGUCAAAUAAUUUGUUGAUUGAAGCAUAAUUCGUUCCAUUAGUUAGAACUAUCUAUACAAUUUGUCUUAGAUAACUCUUUCAUUCCUAGAAUUUUUUUAAUUAGAUAUUAAACAAGAGUUUUUUUAC